GUGUGUCGCGUACUCUCAACGGAGACGGCCCUAGAAUAGAAAUUUCAAAUAGAUUCAUAAUAAUUAUAUAUUAAAUUAUACUAUUUUAAAAUAAAACCGAAAAAGUGAUUUAGUGUGUAAUAAAAAAAAUAUUAUGUAAAAAAAUAUAUUGUAAUAAAACUUAUUUACAAACAAAACACGAAGAAAUCAAGCGACCCGUUCUUUUGAACGAACGUAAUCAAUACCAAACCGACUCUUUAUAAUGCCGGUAUAAGGAUCGGGACGAACUGUUUACGGCCACGAUGCUUGCAAUGUCGACAUUAAUGAUGCCCGCUGCAACUAUGACCACGAUGACGAAUGCUGGUCCCAUACCGGUUGCAGCGGCGACCAAGUUGGAGCCAAAGUUGCUGCAAUUACCGCACCCAGCGCUGAUGCCCCAAAUACAGCAGCAACAACCUCAGCAACAUCACCACCAACAUUCGCACGGCAACAACAAUAAACUUGAACACUACCACAUCUUCGUCGGAGAUUUGAGUCCGGAGAUCGAGACUCAGAACCUUCGUGAUGCAUUUGCGCCCUUCGGAGAAAUAUCGGACUGCCGAGUGGUGAGGGACCCGCAGACAUUAAAGUCUAAAGGCUACGGCUUCGUAUCCUUCCUCAAGAAGUCGGAGGCAGAAUCUGCUAUCACAGCCAUGAACGGCCAAUGGCUCGGAUCCAGAUCCAUUCGAACGAACUGGGCGACAAGGAAACCUCCAGCUCCUAAAAAUGAACUAAACUCCAAGCCGUUGACAUUCGAUGAAGUUUACAACCAAAGUUCACCGACCAACUGCACGGUGUACUGCGGAGGUCUGACCACAGGCCUGACAGAGGAGCUCAUGCAGAAGACUUUCCAGCCCUUCGGCACCAUCCAGGAAAUACGCGUGUUUAAGGAUAAAGGAUAUGCUUUUAUAAGAUUCUCAACAAAGGAGAGCGCCACCCACGCCAUCGUCGCUGUCCACAAUACGGAUGUCAACGGGCAGCCAGUCAAGUGUUCCUGGGGCAAAGAAUCCGGAGAUCCAAAUAAUGCCCAAUCUCAGGGCCAGCUUGGUGGCACAGCGUAUAGUCCAUUCGGGGCGUACACGGGCGGGGUACCCCCAGCGUCUUACUGGUACAACACUUACCCCCAACAACUCGGCGGGUUCUUGCAAGGCGUACAGGGGGUACAAGGUUACUCUUAUGCGGGACAGUUUGCGGGCUACCAGCAACAGUAUAUGGGAAUGGGAGGAGUUCAACUGCCGUGGGCCCUGGGCGGUGGUGUAGGUGGUGUUGGGGGAGUGGGAGGUGUUGCUGCUAUGUCUCAACCACCCCAAGUAUUGCACUACCCAGUCCAGCACUUUCAAGUCCAACCGAUCGGAGAGGAUGAGUGGUUGGCUCCGAGUUUGCUCGUGUGAGGCCAGCGAGCCGCUUCCCAAGAUCCUUGCUGCUGCGCACACAAGGAAUGGAUGCUAAACUAACUCCCCCUCCCCCCUUAAACUAUACCCAGACAACACUCCAAUCUUGUUGUUUUGCUAUUAUGUUGUUGUAACAAUUCUGUUGUUAUUCUAGUCAUUAUAUAAUUGUUUUAAUUUCGCUAUAGUUUAUGCUUCGUUAUCGUAUAUGUUUUCAACCGAACGAUCGCUUGAAAUGUACUUCUGUCUUCUAUGAGCAAUCUAGUACUUGAUUUUAUUUAAUUUGGUAAUUCCUUCCAUUACAAGCGUUCGGUCGGAUUGUGAUUUCGUUAUUUAGAAAGGGGAAUCCUCUGUCGCAGGGAAGGUUCUGGGCGUAUGUGGCUUAAAGCCUUGCAUAUAAAAGUCUCGGAGCGGUAUAUGUCUGUCGAAGUGAAGCAUAAUGUGAGUCAUUCUAACGAAGUAUUUCUUUCUAUCGCUGCUUAAAACUGCGUCAAAAAAUACGCGGUAACAUUAGAUAAUAUAUAGUUAAUGAUAAGUUAUGAUAAGAUAUAUAAUUAAGACUAUAUCAGAAGGACGCGGGCCAAUUGGUUGCGAAAAAUAAGUGUGACUUUUUUUUUUUUUUUCGUGGAAUCAAGCAAUGUUUCGGUACCAAACAUCUGUGAGCACAAGUUUAGGAUAAGAUUAGUGGAAAAAUAAUGUAGAUUUUUGGAAAAAUGUUUAAUAGGGAACCUAGAAAAAUGUAGGAAGGGUACAGAAAGCGAGUGAGCGUUUUUUAAGAAAUUUUAUAUCCGCUGUGAAAGCCAGGUGGUGUCACAAAUAGAUAUUAACAAAAAAAAAAAUUAUACGAAUAGACGGAAGCUAUACAAAGAGGUUUUAGUAUUUUUUUUUUUCUGGACGUCAUUACUAUGCCAAAUCAGAUCCGUUUAAUUAAAAAAAAAACCCACGACUUUUAUAUAAUAUAUAACUAUAUGGUUAUAAAAAAGGUUGUGUCUAUAUGUAAACAAUGGGCUUGGAGAUCAUUUAAAAAAAGGACUUUGGGGAAAUACAUACCGAAUCUUAGACAAAAUAUUAGAUUUAUUUAAAUUUAAGGGAAAAGAAAAAAUAUUUAUUGUCUAGAUUAUAAGAAGCAUUUAAUCGUUUACUGUAGUUAGUCUGUAAUGGUGUGCGUGGAAAUUUGACGUUGCGUCUGACGUUUAUUUAAAAAAAAAAAUUUUGCUGUUCUUUUUUCUUUUUCGUGUUUGUACCUCGAUAGAGGAAUACUAGAAUUUUUUAAUGGCAACAUUAUUGAAACGGUAGUCACUAUACUAAACUACUGACUUUUUUGAAAACUUUUUAAAAAAAAAAUUUGGCGUACAGAAACGCCCUCUAUCAUAUGAAUAUUUUGUAAAAAAAAAUAUAUUUUAUAUAUUAUAUUAAAUGAGUUAUUGUUUAUCUGUCGUAGGUUCAUUUCUAUUUUGUAUCAUUUGUUUUGCAUGUAGAGAAACUGAGAGACAUAUCGCUAGAAAAAAAAAAAAAAAAAAUUAUUAUAAGAUAUAAAAGUUAAUCUAAAUUUACAUAUUAUUUUAGCUAAUGAACGAAUUGGCGUGUCAAUUUUUUUCAUCCUGUCAAUCAAAGCGUUGAGUGUGUUACAAACAAAAGAAAAAAAAAACAUGAAAACAUUAAGUCAAGAAUAUAUCAACAAAAAUGUACGAUAGCUGAACUCGAAGAUAGAUAGAAAAAUUUAGCUGUAGUCUUAAAGCUAGUUCUGACGAUAAAAUGAAUUAAUUUACGCCUAUAAUCGCUUCAGUAGACGGACAUAGCGAAUAGCUAAAAUACGUAUAUAUUCAAAUAGAUCUAAGGUAAUAUUAACCAAAGACGGUUAUUCUAUUGGUAAAGGUUUAAACUUUUAUCAAAUAACUGUCGUUGCCUUUCUCUUGUUGCUAUACACUUCCCUUUAAAGUUUAAUGAUACGUGCUACAUUAAUAUAUAGGUACGGCUCUUCAGUUUUAGGUAUAUGCUUAGGUAUUUAACAUUAAAAUUAAAAAAAAAAAAAAACGAAAUUGUACCAUUAUAAGAUGGAUAAACUAGCUAGUUAAAUUGCAAGAUUUAUUGAAUUAUAUUAUAUAUACAAAAUUAUUAUGCAAAUAAUAUUGCAUAUAUUCCUUAGAUAGGCUAUAAAAUGAUUUCAUUUUUCAAUUUAAUUUAUUUAUCAUUUUAUAUUUUGUCCAUUCCAUUUAUAUUAAGAUAUAAUAUAUAAUUUUAAGUCCCAAAUAACACCAAAUAUUAUAUAAACAUUGAAGUAAAUGUAACUUAGUAACGGCAAUUAAACCAUUUUCAUAUUAAAUGAAAACUUAAAAAUGCCUUAUAUAUUUAAAUGUAUUCUCUAUCGUUGAUUUUUUUUCAUUUUCAUAUUAAAUGUAGCAUUGUGUUUGAAAUGGUAUCUUCAGAUUGUUAUAAUUUUUAUCACAUUUAUCUGAUUCUAAC